AUGUCAAUCUGCUACUCGUUCGCUCAGCAACAACCCGGGCGGCUCUUUCUCUGGCGGGUGUAAAGAAGGAGGUACUCAGCAGAAAGGCACCUGCCGCGCGCGGUCUCCCAAUCGACAACUGAAGUGGAAGGGAAAAAAAAAAGCAUUUUGUUUUUCCCUUUUGCUCGCUGUUAGGCACUACAGAUCGAGCAACUUGGAGCAAGCGAGACGACUCAACAUUCGAAUCUGUCUGUGACUCCAUGUCCCUGGACUCUAUCCGGCCGGUCUUCCAAGUCUUGAGCUGUCCGUCUUGCAGUACAUCCGACACAGUACUUUGAGGAAGACGUGCUAGCGGUCAUCUUCCAUUCGACAUGCUUUCGCGCGCCAAUCACGACUAAUGUUCAAUCCCCAAGUCUUCGACCUCCAGCUCAAGACCAUGGCAGCUUGCCAAGCAAUCAACCUCGCCAUGCAGUCAGUCUCUAUGUGGGAACACGCAGACAAGCAGACAAAGCAUCAGCAAGCCAGCUCUUCCAGGUCACUCGUGAAUGCUGCCAUUUCCUCCCCUGUUGGCCUGUUCAACGCAGGCUGCGACACGCGCAUUCUGAGUGGCCAGAAAAAGACAUGCCAAAAGGGUCACCUGCCCCUCCAGUGCCUUCCACGCCAACCAUUGACAACGCGAGUACGCCCACCCAAACGUCCUUGACCAACCCGAACUGGACUCUCGCUGCCGCUCCACGCGCAAUAAACUCCUCAGAGAAAGAGACGUUCGGGCGAUAUUCCCAGUCGAGGCCACACUAGUGAGAGGGUGCGCCAUCACAAACUAACCUUCUAUUCUAGACAGGAACAGGUUAAGCCUCAGAACGUCUGGCUUGCCAACGUAGGUGUAAGUCUCCUAGCGUGCUCUCAUUGGAUAGGCCAACAUCUCUUCAGAUAUCGAAACCUUAUGGAAGCUCUUGGGAGCACAGCACGCAGUAGCCGGAAGGCUGGCAAUGACGUGACCACCAUUGCAAAACGCUUGGGGCACAAAGUCUAGAGAGACACAAUGCAAGAGGUCGGGCAGCCCAUUGAAAG